AUGUCAUGCAGAUCUUUUAUAAAUGAAUUUUCAACAUUCGAUGCUCAAUAUGCUAUUGAAUUGCUUCAUUCACUUGGUUCAGUAUUCCAUAAUACUUAUUCAACUAAUGAAAACCUUCGAAACGUAAUGAUCGAAUUAGCUAAACGAGAUGAUAAAUGUUUUUAUCAAUUGGCACUACAUGCUUAUAAAAAACUUCAAACAAAUAAUUCAUUUGAUUUAACAACUGUUUUUAAUGAUGAAGAAUUCAAUUCUAUGUACGAUUUUCUUAAAAAUGAUAUAGAAAAUUCAGACAAAACUGAAACAUAUCAUGUGGCUACGGUUCAUGUUACUCCGACUUCAACACAUAUUAUGCCAUUAGAGUCUACACAAGGACAUUGUGCUCUUCGACAUCAAGCUUUUAAUGGUACUAAGGAUUUUUGUCUUGUAUACUUGAAACCCGAUCCAUCAGACAAAUAUAUUAAUAUGUGCAAUCGAUAUAGAAAAGUUUUCGAAUCAGGCAUUGAAAUUUGCAAUAAUCAUUACUAUUUUUUUGGUGCAUCGAAUUCUCAACUACGUGAACGAAGCUAUUGGUUUAUAAGAGCAAGAUCUUUGGAAGACGCUCAUCAAAAACGACAACUAUUAGGUGAUUUUUGUAAUAAUAAUAAUAUUGGUAAAUAUCUAGCACGAUUAGGUUUAUGGUUUACGAAGAGUUAUCCGAGUGGGAUUAAACUCACUUACAUUUCGGAUCUACAAGAAUUCAAUUCAAAAGUUCAACAAGGACAUAUGUGUGUAACACAAUUGGAAGAUAUAGAAAGAAAUGGAUAUUAUUUCACAGACGGAAUUGGAUUGAUUUCCAAAGGUUUAGCAAGAAAAGUUGCUGAAAAACUUGAUUAUCUUAUUAAAUAUGAACAAAAUGAACUAUAUCCAUCGGCUUAUCAAAUCCGAAUGGCUGGUUGUAAAGGUGUAGUUAUCAUCGAUCCUGAGUCUACUUUAGACCAAUUCUACAUUAAAUUUCGUCCAUCAAUGAGAAAAUUCUACUAUGAUGAAUGGGAUUUAGAUAUAUGUGAAGAAAGUCGACCGAUUCCAACUCGACUUAACAAUCAAAUCAUUACAUUAUUAUCGGAUCUUGGCAUAGUUGACUCAAUAUUUCUUGAAUUACAAGAUAAAUGGUUUACCAAUAAAAAACAACCACUACGUAAUAAACAAGAUCUUCUGAAGAACAAAUUACCUUUACCUGUAAAUGAAUGUCGAUAUAUGUUUGGUUGUACAUUAGAAUCAAAACUUAAAGCAGGACAAUGUUUUAUUCGAUAUCAAGUUGUUGAUGAUGAUGGAAAACCACUUAGAAAACCAGAAUUUAAAACAGUUGUUGGAUCAGUUAUCAUUACAAAAAAUCCUUGUCCUUAUGCCGGUGAUAUUAUGAAAUUGGAAGCUGUUGAUUUACCAGAACUUGAUUGUCUCACUGAUGUCAUUGUCUUUUCAACUGAAGGCGAUCGACCAGAUUGUAAUAAAAUUGCUGGAUCUGAUCUUGAUGGUGAUCAUUACUUUGUUUAUUGGGGUAAACAAUUACAAAUUGCUGAAACAAUUGAACCUCUUGAAUAUAAAGUAGAAUCACCAAAUGUUUCUUCGAUGCCUAUUACUGCAAAUAAUAUUAUAAAUCAUUGUUUCUCUUUAUUGGGUGCUACAAGUUAUGGUGAAAUUUAUAAUUUACAUGCUAUUGUUGUUGAUCAAAACCUGGAAAAACAUUCAAAACGUACAUGUCAAAAAUUAGCUAUUGAAAUGGCAAAUAUGUUCUCUGCUGCUAUCGAUUCUGAUUUUCUAAUGAAAAAAAAUUCAUAUCAAUCUCAAUCAAUUUUGGGUAUACUUUAUCGUAGAGUGCUUGAUUUUAAAAAUCAAAAUACAAAAUUAUUCCAAUACCAAGAUGUAAAUGAUUCAAUAAAUUCUUCUACUAAAUUUAAUGGAAAGUGUUUCCGUUUUUAUGUAAAAACUCGUACUGCAUUACAUAUUGAUGCACAUACUAUUCAUCAAGAAUUAUGUUCAGCUUUUGGUAAUAAUGUUCCACCUAAAAUUAUAAUUGAACAAUGGUCUGAUUCUUAUAAAAAGAAAGAUGAAAGUACAACAGUAUCAACAGAAUCAUCAACUAAUAAAUCAGUCGAAGAUAUAAAAGAAGUUUGUUCACUCAUUAGUAAUAAUCUUCAAAUUACAACCAGUGAACCACAAGAAAGUAAUAAUGUGAAUUCUGAUCUAAAUGAAUAA